AUGGAGGCGCUUGCUGCCACUGAGCAACCUCACCGUGCGCUGCCUUCUCUUGCAGGGUUCUUGAGCACCGGCGACCAGGCGGCCAAAGGCAACUACGGGCUCCUGGACCAGAUCCAGGCCCUGCGGUGGAUCGAGGAGAACGUCGGGGCCUUCGGCGGUGACCCCAAGCGCGUCACCAUCUUCGGCUCGGGCGCGGGGGCCUCCUGUGUCAGCCUGCUCACCCUGUCCCACUACUCAGAAGGCCUGUUCCAGAAAGCCAUCAUCCAGAGCGGGACCGCUCUGUCCAGCUGGGCCGUGAACUACCAGCCGGCCAAGUACACCCGGAUCUUGGCGGACAAGGUGGGCUGCAACAUGCUGGACACCACGGACCUGGUGGAGUGCCUGCGGGGCAAGAGCCACAAGGAGCUCAUCCAGCAGACCAUCACGCCGGCCACCUACCACAUCUCCUUCGGGCCCGUCAUCGACGGGGACGUCAUCCCCGACGACCCGCAGAUCCUCAUGGAGCAGGGUGAGUUCCUCAACUACGACAUCAUGCUGGGCGUCAACCAGGGCGAGGGCCUCAAGUUCGUGGACGGCAUCGUGGACAACGAGGACGGCGUGACGCCCAACGACUUCGACUUCUCCGUGUCCAACUUCGUGGACAACCUGUACGGCUACCCCGAGGGCAAGGACACGCUGCGGGAGACCAUCAAGUUCAUGUACACGGACUGGGCGGACAAGGAGAACCCCGAGACGCGCCGCAAGACCCUGGUGGCCCUGUUCACCGACCACCAGUGGGUGGCCCCCGCCGUGGCCACCGCCGACCUGCACGCCCAGUACGGCUCCCCCACCUACUUCUACGCCUUCUACCACCACUGCCAGAGCGAGAUGAAGCCCAGCUGGGCCGACUCGGCCCACGGCGACGAGGUGCCCUACGUCUUCGGCAUCCCCAUGAUCGGCCCCACGGAGCUGUUCAGCUGCAACUUCUCCAAGAACGACGUGAUGCUCAGCGCCGUGGUCAUGACCUACUGGACGAACUUCGCCAAAACCGGGGACCCCAACCAGCCCGUGCCGCAGGACACCAAGUUCAUCCACACCAAACCCAACCGCUUCGAGGAGGUGGCCUGGUCCAAGUACAACCCCAAGGACCAGCUCUACCUGCACAUCGGCCUCAAGCCGCGCGUGCGCGACCACUACCGCGCCACCAAGGUGGCCUUCUGGCUGGAGCUGGUGCCCCACCUGCACAACCUCAACGAGAUCUUCCAGUACGUCUCCACCACCACCAAGGUGCCCCCGCCCGACCUGACGUCCUUCCCCUACGGCACGCGGCGCUCCCCCGCCAAGAUCUGGCCCACCACCAAGCGCCCCGCCAUCACGCCUGCCAACCACCCGAAGCACUCCAAGGACCCGCACAAGACGGGGCCCGAGGACACCACGGUCCUCAUCGAGACCAAGCGGGACUACUCCACCGAGCUGAGCGUCACCAUCGCCGUGGGCGCCUCGCUGCUGUUCCUCAACAUCCUGGCCUUCGCCGCCCUCUACUACAAGAAGGACAAGCGGCGCCACGAGACGCACCGGCGCCCCAGCCCGCAGCGCAACACCACCAACGACAUCGCGCACAUCCAGAACGAGGAGAUCAUGUCGCUGCAGAUGAAGCAGCUGGAGCAUGACCACGAGUGCGAGUCGCUGCAGGCGCACGACACGCUGCGCCUCACCUGCCCGCCCGACUACACGCUCACGCUGCGCCGCUCCCCGGACGACAUCCCGCUCAUGACGCCCAACACCAUCACCAUGAUCCCCAACACACUGACGGGCAUGCAGCCGCUGCACACCUUCAACACCUUCAGCGGCGGGCAGAACAGUACAAAUUUGCCGCACGGGCACUCCACCACCCGAGUAUAGCUUUGCCGGCCCCGCCCCGCCCCUGCCCAGCCCCUCACCCCACCCCUUCCUGCGCGCCUCCGCCAGCUGCACGCGCAUUUGGGGGAGCAGAGACGCGGAGAGGCCACGCCUCCACCCCAGGAAUGUUCUCCACCCCGCCCACUCGCCCGCGGAGGACCACGCCCACCAAGCCCACGGCGAGAGGGCAGCGCAUCCUGCCGUCCGUGCGGGCGCACCCCCUUGGCACGGGAUCCACUUCUGACCCUGCGAAAUGUGAAGCGGAGACGCCGCGAGCGCGAACCCUGCGCUCCGAUGGCCACCGCUGCCGCCCGCGAACCUUUCGGGACCAGGCCCCGCGCCUGUGCGGACCCUGGGUCCUCUCCAACCAACCUCACCACCCGAGCUGACUGCUCUGGGACUCAGCCAGGGGCGCUCCAUGGUGGUGGUUUGUUUGUUUUUUUUUAAAUUGCAAUUUCAAAAUAAUAAUAAUUAAUAAUAAAGUUCUUUAUGUGCCAUAGGACAGGUGGCUGUCGUGAAGGGAAGAAAGACUCUUAUCUAUGGGCGUUUACCCAGCAAACGGCUCUAGCCCAAGGAGGGAGAGAGAGAGACCUAAGAUUUUAUUCUUCAAAGAGAACCGCUGACUGCAGACCCGGACGCAGACCUGUGUGGGCAGAGGGAUGCCUGGCCAGCCUGGACUCUCUUUAAGAAACUUGGUCACCCUAAAAGGAACGUGUAUAUAGCUGUUGAGUGGAAACACACGGACACUCCCCCCCACUCCUCCCCGCCCCGCCCCCCCCCCCCGAGAAAACACCACGACAAAACAAAACAGGCUUUUAUCGGUGUUUUUAGUUUGGAAGAGCUCUUAGCAAGAUUGUACUACUCUCAUUGUGGUCUGUAUGUAUAUAAAUACCUAUAUAUACACACAUUAGUCACAUCACCUCUGUUUCCUGCAGGCGGUAGGAGGCACGUCUUCUGAAUUCCUUGUGAGGAGGAGGAGGAGGAAAAAAAAAAAACGGUUUUGUCUUGCGUUUUCCGUGUAGCAGGGGGCGGCGUCCGUGUCCCCCGGGGACACCUCCCCCUUCCCGGGAUGUACCAGUGCAUGUGACAGCAACCUUAGGAGACUGUUGUCUUGGGGAACGUUUAUUUUCUUGCGUGUGCGUGCGCGUGUGUGAGAGAGAGAGAGAGGCGUUCAUGAAGUCGUCACACAAAGACGCUCUGCGUGGAGUCUGUGGAAGGCCCGGGGACCCAAGAGACACGCACAGGCGGACCCCCAUCAGCCCCCCUCCCCCCAAAAAAAAGAGAGAGAAAGAGAGAGAGAUUUCAGUGCUGUCAUUCUGGCUCUUGGAGUGCGUUAGGCAAGCGGUGCUUCCCGGCGCAGGGCCCUGCCAGGAAGGAGAGAAAGCAGGCCUUUGGUGAGGCGCGCGCUGCGGAAUCAGUGCGCCUCUGUUCUCCAUCCGCGGCAGCUGCACCAAGGGCCGUGCGAGGCUUGGGGGUCCCUAGCUCAGCGCUCCGCCCCCCGUGGCAGGAGAGCUCCCGCCUUCCCUUCUCUGUGGAAGCGCAGCGUCCCUCGUGUUAUCAGCGAGUAGGGUUUUGGUUGCUUUGCUGUUUUCGUCUCCCAACAUGGCUUUGGGCACAUUUGUGUAUCCGUCCGUGGUCACGACAGAGAGAAAAGCGCACCCCGAGAGGGAGGCGGAACCCCAGCAGCGCUUGGCGUGGGUUGUCCAGGAAGUUGGGGGGCGGGCUUCCCUGUGGAGGUCAUUCGCCCGUUUAGAGUGGACAAACAGGGGGGCCAGAGCCCCCGCCCCACAACAUGUGGUCAUUUUCUCGUUGUCCGUUUCAUCUUCCGUGAAGACUAUGUUGACUGUCAUAAAGGGAGGGGGGUGGAGGGGGGUGAACACACAGGGGCCAGUUUCCAUGGUUACGUUUCGUCUCGCAGAAAUCAUUGCAACCCCGGGAAAGAGUAGCCAAAGAUAAUUGCAGGGGGCGUCCCGUGAAAACCAAGUCUUCGGUGGCGUGGCGAAGGCGGGUGGGUCCCCCCAAACACAGCCCCACUUUCUCCGGAUACCAGGCAACAGUGGUAGCUGUUGAAACCAGAGCGCCCCAGAAAGAAAGCCCUCCAGGGAAGACACUUCUCAGAAAGGGUGGACGGUCGUGUCUCUCUUGGUUGAAAUUGGGGGAGGAGUCUCACCCCCCGUCCCUCACCCCCCCCCCCACCCCAUCAGGACGCGGGGAAGUGGGACCCCUCUCUGGCCGCGGGAGGAGAGGCUGCGCGUCCCCGGUGCGCGAACUUCAUGCACCAGCGAGCGCCACGCCGUCCCUCGGGCUCUGGAUGCGCCCGCAGACGCACGCUCCAUCACAGCGCAGGGGAGGGGCGCGCGCGUCGCUGUGGGUCCGUCUGUGACGCGAGUCCCGGUAUGUGUUUGUAGUCCUUCCCGUCGUCUUCAGCUAGCAAUAUGCCCAGUACUGUAUCAGGCUUGUCCCAUGUGGGUAAGGGGCGGGGGGGAAAAAAAAAGAGUUCUUGUUUAAGUGAAUAAACUACUUUAGCUUUUACAGAGGAUUAUGAUCCAGAGCAAUUUAAUACGCCUUCAACGAGACCGUAUUUCUACGUGGGAAGGAGUUCUAGAAUCUUCAUAGAGUUCUAUGAGAAUAAAAUAUCCUUGCUGUCUAUUAAAAAAAAAAAACUGAAAAAAGAGGAAAAUGAGAAAAAAAAAUGCGUAAAAAAAAUUUUUUUUUUCCUUUCCUAGGCUUUUUUUUCUUCUCGCCCUUCACAGGCACGCAGGGUUUAAUGGUUUCUUGGGGUUAUUCUUUCGCGAUUCUGUUUUUGAUUUUUGCCUUAAGUAAUGAUAGAACAUAUAUAUAUAUGGCUGGACACAUAUGUAUAAACUUUUCAGCAAGCAUUUUUAAUAAUAAAAUAUCACAGUAUUUUCUAACGCUCUGUGCA